UAGUUGGCUUCCUAGACACCGGCUUUUCUGGCACCAUGGCCAAUCAUCCUAAGCAUCCCGCGACUGUCCAUUUCCCCAUCACCUUUAUCACCCUGACCGGAGCUCUUGAUGUGUUGUACUUGGCCUCAACCCAUCCUACCACUGCAGGUCUUGUCGCCUCAGCCUCCAAGACGCUGGAUGUGCAACUCUCUCCCUCCAUGAUCCCGCAGCUUUCCUACUAUACAACUCUGCUCACCCUCAUUACCGCGGUGCCCGCAGUUCUGAGUGGAGCGAUCGAACUGAUGCCGUUAAUCAAGCGCAAUGGUUUCGGUUCUCGCAAGGCGCAAAUAGGGGUCCUGCACGCUAUGUUAAACGACGUCGGCGUGUUCGGUUCUGCAUACAACUGGUGGACUCGCAGGACGGUAGUGGGAUUCGAGCCGAGCGGAACAAAUGUCCUCAUCAGCUCUGUGCUCGCUCUUCCCACUUGUCUUUUCGCGGCGUAUCUCGGUGGUGCGUUGGUCUACACAUAUGGCAUGGGCGUGGGCCGGGGCAGGAACAAGGUGAAGAAGGCACAAUAAACUAUUGGGAGGAGCGCAUGGUACCCGCUGGAAAGGCUCUGUGGGGCUCGCACCUGGAUUUAGGGUGCGUCAAACCACCACGAGACUUCUACCUUCAAAAAUUUC